CACAUUAAAACAUAUUGAAGUAAACUUGUAACAUCUACACUUUUUAGUAGCCAUGGCUCAAAAUAGUAUUCUGUUCACGGCCAUCUCUUUGCUUCUUUUCUCUAUCUUUUCUCAUUGUCAAGCCCUAACUUCCUUGGAAGCUCUUUGUGAUUCCACUCCUCACCCGCCCGUCUGUAAAUCCGUUCUACCAGUCGGGUCACCCGGUUCAGUUUCAGGAUUUGCUAGUAUUGUCAUCCUAAAAUCUCUAGAAGCUUCUAAACACCUUCUCGCCUCCUUCGACCAGCAUCAUCCCACAUCAGGACCCCUUGAUGAUUGCCAAUUACUUGCCGGUCUGACCGUUGACCAGCUCACACGUGUGAACGUCAUCAAGGAGACCGUUCUUGGAACCUCCGAGGUCAACGAUCUCCUCACGUUGCUUAGCGCCGCUCUUACCAACUACGAGACGUGCCUAGGCUCGUUUCAUGAUGUCACCGGAGAGUCGUCCGAGAAUUUUGUUAAGGACCGCCAUGAUAUCCUCACACGUGUUUCGGACGGAAUAAAGCUGAUUAGCGUUUCUCUUGCCUUGUCCAAGGAGGCUUGGCCGAUAGCAUCUGAUGCUUCAGCUACAAAGCCACCACCGAGGAUUCUUACGGAGGACGAGAAAAAGUCUUCGUUGCCAGAAGUUUCGUAUGUGAAGGUGACGGAACGUGAGAGAAUGAUUUACGAGAGAGUUAAAGUUUUGGGACGAAAGCUUCUUCAGGUUUCAUUUCUAUCAACCAAUCGUAUAAACUUUACAUUUUUCUUAGAUUCUGUAACAUAAUAGGGGUUGUGGAAAAGAAAUGAAAGUAAUUUCGUAGUGGUAUUAUAAAA